AAAGAAAAUGGUUCUUCAAAAGAGAUGAAACUAAGCAGUGCUGAAGUAGCAUCUUGGCAGACUCUGUUGGAGAGCAGCAAGCAGUUUCUGGAAACUAUGAUGAAUUCAGUAAUACUUUCUCUUUUGUGCCAACAAAGAGAGAGGAAAGAAGAUGUUCAGAAACACCUCAAUUUACUGAAACAAAGGAUAUUGAGAUUUUUCAAGACCUUAAAGGUACCACCAAGGAAACUGGGCAACCUGAAGAGUUUGCUGAGUCUUCAAGUGGCAGAGAAACAAAUGCUUGAGACAAAUGAAGAGUCUUUGGUACAAUUAGAGGAAGAAAUAAAUGAGGCCAAACGAUCAGCAGAACGCAUAGAGGAAACUGUACAGCAACUACAGUACAAAAUCCAGGUGCUCAGGAACCAGUUGGAGGAAGAUGAAAAAAAGGCUAGCAAG